ACGAAGCUUUUUGUUUUUUCAUCUUUUUAAAAAAUCUCAGCCAAUGGAUUCGUUGGUUCGAAUCCAGUAGUAGCUGCCUUCAAAGGUCAUGGAUUUAGUCAGGGGUUUCUGGAGGAAACAUAGAAGGAAGAUUUUGGUGACGACGACUUGUUUGGGAAGUGGAUAUUUACUCUACAAACUAUACAAUGCCCAUACUCGUAAGCUCGCAGAUUUGGAACGAGAGCUUGCUAAAGAGCGUGAAAAUGACGAGAUCAUCAAAACCCAAAUGAAGGCCCAUUUCGAUAACAUUCAGAUGAUUGCUGAUACAACUACAUUGCCUCACGCAAUGCAUCACUUGAGUAGUCGUUUAGUUGAAGAGAUUGAUGUCUCUAGUAUUAUGGAUAAGCUAAGCAAAGGAAAAGGAAUAUUGAUUCCUUCUGAGAAGCUUCAACUCUGGAAUGAGCUCAAAAUUUUGAGUUUCACGAGAAUGGUUUUGUCGCUUUGGUCUGUCACUAUGCUUAGUUUGUACAUUAGGGUUCAAGUCAAUAUUUUGGGCAGACAUUUAUAUAUCGACACUGCUAGAGGUCUUGGGAGCUCCCAUUUACUUGAAGAACUAGAUCUCAUAGAUAGAGAUGACGAACAAAAGUUUUUGGCAAGCGCUGAUUUUCUUGCGACCAGUGGCAUGCCGAGUUUGAUUUCUAAUAUGCAGGGUGCAGUGAAAGAAGUUCUUAAGGGAAAGCAGUUAAAGGAUGUGUUUACCACAAGGGUUCUUCAAGAAACUGUGAUGCGGAUUCUCGAUGUGUUUAUGAGCACUGGAAGUCCACAUCACUGGGUAGAUUAUCUAAUGAUGUCCCAAGAUGCAACCACUGAUGUUUCCUCUUCUGAUGCAACUGUUACCAAGUUUCAUCAACUCAUAACCGAGACACGGGAAGUAGUCACAAGCAAUGAUUUUACAAAUGUAGCAGAGAUCUCACUCAAGUGCUGUGCCGUUGCGUUAGUAGAGGAGAUGGAAACGCAGACCGGUCUGGCCACAGGGAUGCAAUUGGCGAAGCUAUUACCACAGAUUGAGAAGACCAUGCCAGAGAUUUCAGCUGAACCAAGCAAGAACCGUCGAGAGACGAUUAUGGCGACGAACAAUGGAGAUGUGUUGAUGCUUGAGGCGGCGCCGGAGGCUGCGAGACCCUGGGCUAGUGCGGCAAACGCAGAAGUUAUCGAUGCGCUUCCUUAUAUAGACGACGACUAUGGCAAUCCCUUGAUUAAGUCGGAGGUCGACCGCUUAGUGGAGGAAGAGAUGCGUCGGAGCUCUAAGAAGCCAGCUGACUUUCUCAAGGACUUGCCUCCUCUUCCGAAGUUCGAUUUCGAGAACUGCCCAGUUCUUGGCAAAGAGUAUGAGCGUGUUCGAGCUGGGAAGCCUCCAGUGCGGAUAGAUUUUGAAUCCCGAUACAAGCUUGAAUUGCCGCCUGCUAAUAAGAGUAAUGAUGCUGCUGCCUGGAAGCAGUAUCUUCAGAAGAAUCAGCGGUCAUUGCAACAAAAGAUGAUCGAGCUUGAGAAUUUGGAAUUGAUGUCAAAACUUGGCCCCGAGCUUUGGAGACAGAACAACCAUCGGCUAGAAGUAUUCUUGACCAGAAUGCAAAGACUAGCGCAGGAGCAGAACGAGGAAAUUGAAAAAGUAAAUCGGGAAAGGAAGUAUCAUCAGCAAACCACAUCAUACGAGCUCAAUGCUCUAUCUCAAGAAUGGAGACAGCUCUGCGUGAAGAAUAUGGAGAUUCAGUCUGCUUGUGCCAUGCUUGAGACACAGAUGGAUUCGUUCAAAAAAGAAGCUGCUGAAAGGGGAUGGAACUUAGAAGAGAAGCUAGAGAACGUCGAGCCACUUCAAAUGCAAUGAGGCGCCUCCCUUGCUUGACUUUUGCUGAUUCUUAAGUAAAGUGGUGGGUUCAGACCGAAAGAGCUGUUGGUCAAUUUGGUUUGAGUAGUGGGCUAAGGAAUCAAAGACGAGAGACAGUUUCAGUUAUUUGGCAGUUUUGUGAAAUCAUCUGCUUUCCUGUCAAGUAGUGUGUGGGACAAGUAAUUGUUUUUGAAAGUAUCGAAACUCUUUAAUUUAUCAAAGCAUAACGUUUAGUGAAAUUGAUGUUGGUUUAACCUUCUAGCAAUAUAUCAUGUCUCCAUUA